UCUGAGCCCUCAAUUAAAUUCCCCAGCACCAACAUCAUGUUAAUAUCCAAAUGAAUUGAAUUUAUAGGUAGCUAGGGGUUCCAAAUAUGUUAAUCUCCCUUUACCUUUGAUAUUCCUUCCGUACAACUUCCAGUGAUCCGACGCCGUGUUGGUCAUGGAGAGCGGAGAGAUUCAGAGGGUUGGAAUCCUUCAACGCCUCCCACUGCUUGUGAUCAACUUCGUUGCUGGGACUCUGGUUCUGCUUUUUGCCCUUGCGGGAUUUUUCGCAGGAGGCAUUUUUGGUGCUUUAGCCGGUAAGGCUUCUGACAGUGGUAUUAUUCGUGGAGCAGGAUUGGGUGCUGUUGCUGGGGCUGUUCUCUCUGUGGAGAUUUUGGAAGCUUCACGUGAGUUAUUGCGUCUUGGUCGGCCUGGCUCACGAAGAUCUUCAUUGAUGGCAGAAAUUACAGAGGAGCUUAUUUGUUGGAGGUUUGAGGAGGAAAACUUACCACCGCCAGAAGUGCUAAGUGCUAGCCAUUGGCAGCAGGUUAACUUCACUAAUCUUAACCUUGAUGAGAUUCGUGAUGGAGUAGUUGAAACCAGAGGGUUGUCAAGGGAUUUGUUCAAGAAAUUGCCAUAUCAUGAGAUUCUGGGGGAUACCAAGGCAGCUCGGGUUUCCUGUUGUACAAUAUGUUUGCAGGAUCUUGAAGUGGGAGAAACUGUAAGGACCCUGCCACUCUGUCAGCAUACAUUUCACUUGGUUUGUGUGGACAAGUGGCUUGUUAGACAUGGUUCAUGCCCUUUAUGCAGACAAGAUGUGUGAUAGAAUUACAAGCUGGUUUUGUGUACAAAGGUGUUUCAAUAGUCAAUUGGGGAGGUGGUUUGGUAGGAUAGGUUGGUUAUUUGUAGCUUAGCCUUUGCAUAAGGGAGGUGUUUCUUGAAUUUGUGUGAAGCUGUAAAUAUGUCUUCACAGUUUCUGAUCAUGGAUUGACAACAUGCCCCUUUUGGGGUUGCAAAUAAAUGGUGUUGCAUAAAAGCAGAGGUUGUGGAUACGCCUUUACUAGUGGAACAGCUUGUUUCGUCAUAA